UUAUCAAGUGCCACAAGCACCGGAGAGCUCGCUGGAAGGGGACAGACGGAGCUAGAGGCCAGUGAGAUGGCGGAUGAUGCCUUGGCUGGGCUGGACGAGGGAGCCCUUCGGAAGCUGCUGGAGGUCACAGCGGAUCUGGCCGAGCGGCGGCGCAUCCGCUCAGCCAUCCGGGAGCUGCAGCGACAGGAGCUGGAGCGCGAGGAGGAAGCACUGGCCUCCAAGCGCUUCCGUGCCGAGCGGCAGGACAACAAGGAGAACUGGCUGCACUCACAGCAGCGGGAAGCAGAGCAGCGGGCCGCCCUGACGCGCCUGGCACAGCAGCUGGAGUCCGUGAGCGAUGUGGAGGAGCUGACUGCGCUGCUGCGAGGUGCUGGCGAGUAUGAGGAGCGCAAGCUGAUCCGAGCCGCCAUCCGCCGCGUGCGGGCCCAGGAGAUUGAGGCUGCCACCUUGGCCGGGAGGCUGUGUAGCGGGCGUCCCAUUGGUGGUUCAAGAGAGGACAGCAAGGGGCGGGCAGCACAUAGGCUGGAACGGCGUGAGGUGCCGGAGCCAGAGGAACAGAAGCAGCAGGCAGGGGCCCCUGAGCUAGCCCCAACUCCUGAGGGCACCAGCCAGGAUGUAACCACAGUGACACUCCUGCUGCGGGCCCCUCCCGGGGACACACCCAGCUCGCCAACCUUACUCAACAGUUCGCCCACCACUGCCUCCCCUGAGCCUCCACUGGAGCCUGCCGAGGCCCCGUGCCCUGCUUCCGAGGCUCCGGGCAGCCCUGAGCCCCCUAGCCCACCUGAGGACACCAGCCCUGCGCCCCAGGAGCCACCAGCCUCAUGCAGCACUGAGAGGCGGAGAGUCAACAGGGUGAGUCUGGAUGAGGCGCAGGGAUACCAGGCAGCCCAGGGUCCCACCAGAAGUGCCUCCAACACAAAGAGAACAGACCUGGCCGGACCCCGUCCAUGCCAACGCUCCCUGUCCGUGCUCAGCCCCCGCCAGCCAGCCCAGAACCGAGAGCCUACCCCCCUAGCCAGUGGACCUUCCCCGUUCCAGCGGGCUGGCUCUGUGCGGGACCGCGUCCGCAAGUUCACAUCUGAUUCUCCCAUGGCUUCUGGGCUCCAGGACGGCCCACCCCGGGUGGCCCUCAGCACCCCGGGCCCUGAGAGGAUCCUGGGCCCCUCCCUCCCCAGCACCACCCCUGCUUCCUCCUCCAGCGGCUCCUCCUCAAGGGGCCCCAGUGAUACCUCCUCCCGGCUCAUUAAGGAGCAGCCAAGAACAGCCCAGCCCCUGGCCCAGCUUCGGAGCUGCCCUCCGGAGGAGGGCCCCAGGGGGCGGGGCUUGCCUGCCAGGCCCCUUGAAAACAGAGCAGGGGGGCCCGCCACCCGCUCAGAGGAGCCCAGUGCCCUGCUGCCCGUGGCCACCGGCACUGCCGAGCCAGGGGGCAGCAUGAAGACCACUUUCACCAUCGAGAUCAAGGAUGGCCGUGGCCAGGCCUCCACAGGCCGGGUGCUGCUGCCCGCCAGCAGCCAGAGGGCAGAGGUGACACUGGGGCUGCGGGCACCACCCACUCUCCUCAGCACCAGCCGAGGGGGCACAAGCACCAUCACCCAUGUCAGCAGCCCUGGGACCCUGGCCCGGCUGGGCAGCGUUACUCAUGUCACCAGCUUCAGCCAUGCCUCCCCUGCUAACCGGGGAGGCUACAGCAUUAAGGCGGCUGAGGAUGCCGGGACCCCCGUGGCCCACCCACCUGCCUUCAGCUCCUGCCGCCGCUCCUCAGCCAGCCCUGCCCGCAGCGGCAGUGUCAUGGAACCAGAGCCAGCAGAGCCCCCCUCUGCAACAGUGGAAGUGGCCAAUGGCGCUGAGCAGGCCCGAGUGGACAAAGCCCCAGAGCAGCGAAGCCCCCUGAGUGCUGAGGAACUGCUGGCCAUAGAGGACGAGGGUGUCCUGGAUAAGAUGCUGGAUCAGACCACAGACUUUGAGGAACGGAGGCUCAUCCGGGCUGCACUACGUGAGCUCCGACAAAGGAAGAGAGACCAGCGGGACAAGGAGCGGGAACGGCGGCUACAGGAGGCACGGGCCCGGCCAGGGGAGGGCCGGGGCAACACAGCCACUGAGACCACCACACGGCACAGUCAGCGGGCAGCAGAUGGCUCAGCUGUUAGCACAGUCACCAAGACCGAGCGGCUCGUCCACUCCAAUGAUGGCACCCGGAUGGCCCGCACUACCACCGUGGAGUCAAGUUUUGUGAGGCGCUCGGAGAAUGGCAGCGGCAGCACCAUGACACAAACCAAGACCUUCUCCUCUUCCUCGUCCAAGAAGAUGGGCAGCAUCUUCGACCGCGAGGACCAAGCCAGCCCACGGCCCGGCAGCCUGGCAGCUCUGGAAAAACGGCAGGCGGAGAAGAAAAAGGAACUGAUGAAAGCACAGAGUCUGCCCAAAACGUCAGCCUCCCAGGCGCGCAAGGCCAUGAUUGAGAAGCUGGAGAAGGAGGGUGCCACAGGCAGCCCUGGCGGUCCCCGCACAGCGGUGCAGCGCUCCACGAGCUUCGGUGUCCCCAACGCCAGCAGCAUCAAGCAGAUGUUGCUGGACUGGUGCCGAGCCAAGACGCGCGGUUACGAGCAUGUAGACAUCCAAAACUUCUCCUCAAGCUGGAGCGACGGGAUGGCCUUCUGUGCCCUGGUGCACAACUUCUUCCCUGAGGCCUUUGACUACGGGCAGCUCAGCCCACAGAAUCGGCGCCAGAACUUUGAGGUUGCCUUCUCAUCUGCUGAGAUGCUGGUGGACUGCGUGCCCCUGGUGGAGGUAGAGGACAUGAUGAUCAUGGGCAAGAAGCCCGACCCUAAGUGCGUCUUCACCUACGUGCAGUCGCUCUACAACCACCUGCGACGCCACGAGUUGCGCCUGCGCGGCAAGAAUGUCUAG